AUGGCCAAGGCAGAGUCCAGUGCACUUGCUCUCCUCGCAGACUGUCUUGUUGACUUGCUCCUGGCAGCUUCGUCCAAGAAGCUCAUACAGCUCUCGGCUUGGGUCUGGUCUGUCGCCUGCUUCCCCACCGCUAUCACCCUCCGUCUCGCUCCGCGCAUCUUUGCCCACGCUGCUGCUCUCCUCGACUCGGACACGUUCCUUGUAGCAAACUCGGUCUCGGUCACAGAUGCAGUCCUCGACAUGAUGCUCCAGCUUGUCUCGCGCCUCCUUGAUCCGCCGCAUGCCGCUGACGAACAAUGCCAUCUCUCGCCUGUCUUGCUCAACCUUCCGGCCUGGUGGCCGUGUCUAUGCACCGGCCUGGUGGUCUGGGACCUCCGCGCAGACAACCUUCGCCCGCUGGUCGCCAAGGCCUCGGCCACUCUUCGUGCCGCCUGGCCGCUCUACUCUGCCUCCUCGCUCUCGUCCUCCUCCUCGUCGUCGCGCUCCAAGCUCCUCGACACCGUCCUCACCGCCAUUGCCAACGACGAGGCCGUCCACCCGGGCGCCCUCCUCAGGCCCAAGGCCCGGCUCGGCGAUUCAGACGUUGCCUACCUCGCGCUCGACGCUUGGAUCCUCCUUGUCCGUGUCCUCGGCGACGCGCUUGUCCGUCAGCCGUCACUUCUCAACGCACUGCUCAAGCUCCCCGAGGCCACUUUCCGCGCGUCCGACCCGGCCGUCCGCGCCUCGUCGUUUGUGCCUUGGUGCCAGCUCGCGGCCGUCCUCUUCUCGCACGCCUCCGAUCCCGAGUCCAAGUUCCGCAUCACCAAGCCGGCCCACGCUGCGCUCUUCCUCAAGCCCAUGCUCGACGUCUACACCCAUCCGGUGUCUGCGCCUGUCCGCGCCGCGGCCUCGUCGGCCCUGGCCGCGCUGCUGGCCCUCUACGCCCCAGUGGCCGCCGCCGCCACCCUCAAGCUCUUCCAUCCCGUCAUCGCCGCCCUCAUCGCCUCGUCACCGUCACCGGACGAGCUGGACCUCCUCGCACACAUCUUUUGCGCCAUCCUCGCCCCACUCCCACCGGCCGACGUGCCGGCCCCGGCAACCCCGCCAUCGUCCUGGACCACGCUCACUGCUCCGCCGCCGGCUCUCCCGGUCACCUCGCUCGACUCGCACCAAUCUUUUCCGGCCAUCGACUUGCCGGAGCAUGCUAUCCCUGCCGUCUUUCCGCUCUUGAGCCAGCUCUUUGGCCUCGCUGUGCGCGCCGCCACCCUCGACACCCUCGCCGCUGCCUGGACACACCUCGCCCGCAGGGUUCGCCUCCACGGCGCCGCCGCCGUCCGCCCGCCGCGCUCGCACGUUCGCGCUGUCAACGCUCUGGUCUCGGCCUCUGUCGAUCUGCUCGCCACGUCCAAUCCGGACUGGCCGACCCCCUCCCGUGCCGCACUGCUCGUCGCCCUCGCGUCCGAGCUCGGCCCCGAAGUCCUCUCGUCGGUCUUCUUCAAGCUCACCCCGCACGAUGACCUCCCCAUCCUUCGCCUCGCUGACGCCGCCUGCCGCCUGCGCCACGCCCAGCCGCAACCGUUCCUCCCUCUCUACGCGAGCCUUGUCGACAUUGCCUUGCAGGGCGUUCUCGCCCUCGAGUCGGCCGCCCAUCUGCUGGCCACUCUCGCCGACCUCUCGGCUGAUCUUGCUCUUGAUCUGUGGGCCACUCUCGCCGGGCGCCUCACCGCCCACCUCAACGGCGACGUCACGUCGGCUACCACAACCUCGGCCCUCGCCCACCUCACCACUGACGCCGCCGAGCUCAUCGGCUCCGUCCUCGCCGCCCCACUUCGCUUCUACCUCGUCGCUGACCCGCCUCAGCUCGCGCCCCAGCUCAUCAAGCCCUGGUCCGCGCUCAUGGAGACCUCGGCUCGCCUGGUGGCGCUCCGCUUCCCGGCAACGCCCAACCGCUCCAUCCACGCCUUUACAACCGCCGCCAUGGACGCGCUCCGCUCGUACGUCGCCGCCGCGCACGCGUCUCCUCCGGACUCACCACCGCCACCUGUCCACAUCCCGCUUCCGGCCCUCGAUCUCCUUCUCCCGGCCCUCGCCGCCGCCCUUCAGCACUUUGCCUUUGUCCUCCCGACAAAGUCUCGCUCGCGCGGCCUGGCCGCUCCCGGCGCUCCGCUCGCCCGCCCGUCUGCGCCGGGCCUGGCCCCGACGCUCGCCCGCACCCGCUCGUCCGACGAAGACACGCGCCCGGGCUCGGGCUUCCCGCUCUCGUCGGCGUGGCUCGAGCUCCUCGAGCUUGCUCACGUCGUCCUUCGCGAUCUCAUCGAGCUGGCGACUGCCGCCGCCGACGGCGCCCUCCCGCGCCUUGUCGCCCACGUCGACUCCCUCCGUGAGUUCUCGCGCGCUGCGCUUGUCGCCUCGCGCCACGUCACCCUCAUCUUUGUCGACAAGUUUGCGGCCCCGAUGGUCGACAUGCUCGCCGCGCCAAAGUCGCUCCUCCGCGCCAAGGUCACCUCGGUCCGCGGCUCGCCCGGCACCUCGCUCGGUGCCGUCCUCGUCAACUGGAUCGCCACCGUCCUUGACGCCCUCGCUCCACCGCGCGUCGCGCCCUACGACUCGGACCUCCUCGCCUUUCUCGCCCCGCUCUUCCAGGGUUGCCUCAUGUCCGGAUCGACCACCAUCCGAAACCAGUUUGUUUCGCUCUGGAACGCCACCUUUGGCAAGGCCGCCCCGGGCGGACCUCCGCUUGUCGUUCCCGUCGGCCUCCGGCCCAUCCUCCGUGCCCUCUGCAACCAGCUCGAAGCCGAGGGCGCGACGCCGUUGCAGCUCGUCGAUCCGACCGCUCUGCGCUCGCCGCCCAAGGCCGCCCGUGCCAAGGCCCGCCUCGCCGUCCGGCAGGCCGCCAACGCCUCGGCCUCCUCCCCGCCGCCCCUCGGCCGCUCCGACUCGACCUUUGCCGCUCCCUCGCCGUCGCCAGUCUUUGGUGCUACCCCCUCGUCGGCCGCACCCGUUCCGGCCUUUACUCCGCCGCGGACACGCGCAACCCUCCUCUCGCCGCGCUUUGCAUCGCCGAGCUCCGUCGCCCGCUUCCCUGGCUCGAUGCUUCACCGGAGCCCUGUCGCCGCCACCGCCGCCGCCUCCACCCGCCCGCUCGCCCGCACCACGCCCUCGUCGCGCGUCCGCAACUCGAUCGAGGCUGCGCGCAAGCUGAACUCGGCCCGCAAGGCCUCGGCCUCGCCCAUCAACUCGCCAUCGCCGCCCAAGCUCCACCGCAAGUCCUCGCCCGCUCUCUCCGACAUCCCGGUCACCUACUCCAAGCUCGACCGCACCACCUCGGACAUCCAGCGGAUGGAGACAACCACCCCCGUCGACCUCACCGCCGCACACCCCGCCCUUCCUGACCCGCCCUCACCCGUCGCCUCGAGCAUCGGCAAGAAGCGGACGUAUGCCAAGUCGCUUGCCGCCGACCAUGGAGAGCCCGCCCCACCCAACAAGCCCGGGCCGCGCAAGCGCGUCAAGCUCCUCGUUCCGCGCGACGCCCACAUGCUCGCUCCGGACCUCGCCACCUCCUCAGCUCUCCGCCAUGCCCUUCCUCGCUCCGUCCCACUCUCGGGCAUCGGUGACGUCGCCUCGCUCCGCAUCUCCGACUUUGACUCUUCCGACGCUCUUGGCUCGGUCCUUCUGCACAACGUCCGCGCCUUUCUCGAGCGCGAGCGCGCCGUCCGCGAGUCCGCCGGCCUCUCAUCCAUUCGUCGCCCCGCCGCCGCCGCCGCCGCCCCCAACCCCUCCUCCACUGAGCGCAUGGUCUCAGUCUUUGUCCCGGGCGUCAAGCGCGGCAAGCGCGUCCUCAUCUCGGAUCUCUCCUCCUUUGACGCCCUGUACGACCGCCUCACCUCACUCUUCCCAGGCCUCUCCAAGCAGACCCUCGCCUCGGCAAACUCGUCCUACUACGUCGACUCGCGCCUCAACGAGCUCGACAUCGACGCCUCACUCAAGUGGUCCCAGCUCGUUGCCGACGAUGUUCGCGAGCUCCACAUCGAGUAGUAUCCCCAUUGUAGUCGCUCGGACGCGUUGUCGCCCGUCGAAAAAGUGAACAACACACACA